AUGCCGCGGCUGCGGUCCGUGGCCUACAUCUCGACUGCCUACGUCAACAUCAACCAGCCGCCACUCACGCGCGUCGAGGAGAGGCAGUACCCUGUCAUGGUGGACGGCAGAGAGGUGGACGUCGCGGGCGUUGCAGAGGAGCUCCUCGCCCUGCCGCCAGAGCAGGCGGCCGCCCGCGCCGCGUCCCUCAUAGACCUCCUGGGCUUCAAGAACACCUACGCCCUGGGCAAGCACCUGGCGGAGAAGGAGGCCGCCCGCCUGCAGCGGGCCCUGGCGCUGCCGCUGGUGGUGGUGCGGCCGUCCCUUGUGUCGGCGGUGGCGGUUGAGCCGUACUGCGGGUUCUGCGGCAAUUACGCCGGGCAGGUGGGUGCUGCUGCGGCCUACCUGUUGGGCCUUUAUGACGACCAGCCAGAGGCCGCAGCAGUGGGAGGCUCCAGCGUAUGGGACGUCGUGCCGGGCGACGUGGUCGCACACGCCAUCAUCGCCGCCGCGGCCGCAGCCGGCACCCCAGCCGCGCGCCCCUGCAUUGCCGCGCGCCCCCCGCGCGGCGGCGGGGCGGCCGGCGAGGGGAGCGAGGCCGCCGUCGACGCGGGUGGGGCGCGCGGCGCGCCGCCGUUGAUGAUCGUCCAGGUGUCCACGAGCUGCAUCUACCCCCUAACCGCCAGCGCGAUGUUCAACCAGGGAGUGCUGUGGUGCCUGGCGCACCCCCGCCCCUUCACCCUGGCUUGGCGCCGCCCGCGCGGCAUGGACCCCAGGCAGCAGUACAACGAGCGGCUGUGGCGACGCCACAUGCGCGCGGCGGAGAGGAAGGUCGGGGCUGUCGCAUGGGCCCUCAGGCACCUGGGCAAGAGGAUGAGGGCUGCAGAGCGGCAGGUUGUGCUGGGGAUGCGCACCUACAAGACCAUCAACACAGAGAAGUACGACCUGCGCCUGUUCUUUGCUGCAGACAACCUCACCGCCCUCGAGGCUGCCCUGGAGCCAAGCGAGCGCAGCGAUUACGUAAUCACGUGGCGCCCCCCAACCCCGAAUGUCAUCUCGGUCGUCUGUGAGGCCUCAGGCGGCGGCAGCAGCAGCAGCAGCAGCAGCAACAGCAGCAACAGCAGUGGCAGCAGUCGCGCUGCACGGCUCUGGAGUGACGCCGCGUGCUCCGCCAGCUGCACCUUUGGGGUCCCGUUCGCGCGCCUGGCCGGGGCUUGCGGCUGCCUGGCGCCGCCGCGCGUCCAGGACGCCGCUGGGCGCGGGCGGCAGCGCGGCUGCGCUGAGGGCGUCUUCAAGCCGGCCGCUGCGCCCGCCGCACAUGCCAGCUCCAAGCCAGCUGCGGUGGCCACUGCUGGCUCUGAUUCCGGCGCAUGCACCGAGGAACCCGCGGCGGCUGCGCAUGCGCGCGCGGCGCGCGCGGCGCGACAGGGCGGCUGGGUCCUGUUUGGCAACAACAUGCUGGCCUACCUGUACCGCGAGCUGUACCGCUGCGACGUCCAGCCCGAUGCCGCGGUACCGCCGGCGGCGCUGCGCAGGCUCGAGCCGCUCAUGGCACCGGAGCUGCGCGCGGAAGGGGGGCGGGUGAGGCAUGUGUUUGUGCCGGUCGAGGGGACGGCAGGAAGGGGUCGCCGCGCAUAG